AUGUCGGGCCGGAGCGGGAAGAAGAAGAUGUCCAAGCUGUCCCGGUCCGCCAGGGCCGGGGUCAUCUUCCCGGUGGGGCGGCUGAUGCGCUACCUGAAGAAAGGGACCUUCAAGUACCGGAUCAGCGUGGGCGCGCCCGUGUACAUGGCGGCCGUCAUCGAGUACCUGGCAGCGGAGAUCCUAGAAUUGGCCGGCAAUGCUGCGAGGGACAACAAGAAGGCGCGGAUAGCCCCGAGACACAUCCUGCUGGCCGUGGCCAACGAUGAGGAGCUCAAUCAGCUGCUGAAAGGCGUGACCAUUGCCAGCGGGGGCGUCCUGCCCAGAAUCCAUCCCGAGCUGCUGGCCAAAAAGCGGGGGACCAAAGGCAAGUCGGAAACCAUCCUCUCCCCGCCCCCCGAGAAGAGAGGAAGGAAGGCCACGUCCGGCAAGAAGGGGGGCAAGAAAUCCAAGGCUGCCAAGCCACGGGCGUCCAAAAAGUCCAAACCAAAGGACAGCGAUAAAGAAGGGGCUUCGAAUUCCACCUCUGAAGACGGGCCAGGAGAUGGGUUCACCAUCUUGUCUUCUAAGAGCCUCGUUCUCGGGCAGAAGCUGUCCCUGACCCAGAGUGACAUCAGCCAUAUUGGCUCCAUGAGAGUGGAGGGCAUUGUCCACCCAACCACAGCCGAAAUUGACCUCAAAGAAGACAUAGGAAAGGCCUUGGAAAAGGCUGGGGGCAAAGAGUUCCUGGACACGGUGAAGGAGCUCCGCAAGUCCCAGGGCCCCUUGGAAGUGGCUGAAGCUGCCGUCAGCCAAUCCAGCGGACUUGCAGCCAAAUUUGUCAUCCACUGUCACAUCCCUCAGUGGGGCUCCGACAAAUGUGAAGAGCAGCUUGAAGAGACCAUCAAAAACUGCCUGUCGGCAGCGGAGGAUAAGAAGCUCAAGUCUGUGGCCUUCCCGCCCUUCCCCAGCGGCAGAAACUGCUUCCCCAAACAGACGGCCGCUCAGGUGACCCUCAAAGCCAUCUCGGCCCACUUUGACGACUCGAGCGCGUCCUCGCUGAAGAACGUCUACUUCCUGCUCUUCGACAGCGAGAGCAUCGGCAUCUACGUGCAGGAGAUGGCCAAGCUCGACACCAAGUAG